AUGUCUGAUUCUGCCCAGCCCGCGGCAACAGCUGCCUUCCAGCCAGCGGCAGCAUAUGCCUUCCAGGCCGCGGCUACUUAUGCCUUCCAGCCCGCGGCUACAACUGCCUUCCAGCCCGCGGCUACAACUGCCUUCCAGCCCGCGGCUACAACUGCCUUCCAGCCAGCAGCAGCCUCUGCUUUCCAGCCCGCGGCUACAGCAGCCGUAGAGCGGGCGGAAACACCUGCCUUCCAGCCCGCGGCUACAGCUGCAUACCAGCCAGCGGCGGCCUCAGCCUUCCUUCCCGCGGCUACAACUGCCUUCCAGCCCGCGGCUACAACUGCCUUCCAGCCAGCAGCAGCCUCUACUUUCCAGCCCGCGGCUACAGCUGCCUUCCAGCCAGACCCCGCUACAGCUGCCAUCCAGCCUGCGGCUACAGCUGCCUUCCAGCCCGCGGCUACAACUGCCUUCCAGCCAGCAGCAGCCUCUGCUUUCCAGCCCGCGGCUACAGCUGCCUUCCAGCCAGACCCCGCUACAGCUGCCUUCCAGCCGGCGGCUACAGCUGCCUUCCAGCCUGCGGCUACAGCUGCCUUCCAGCCCGCGGCUACAACUGCCUUCCAGCCAGCAGCAGCCUCUGCUUUCCAGCCCGCGGCUACAGCUGCCUUCCAGCCCGACCCCGCUACAGCUGCCUUCCAGCCCGCGGCUACAGCUGCCUUCCAGCCCGCGGCUACAGCUGCCUUCCAGCCCGCGGCUACAGCUGCCUUCCGGUCCGCGGCGGGUGAUACAUUCUAUGAGGACGGAGAUGAAGGGACGGGAUACGAACAACCUGUGGAUCUGGAGGAACAACCAGAGGUUGAGCCGCAGAUUCCAGAACCGGAGUAUUCGGAUGAGUUGUUUGGCGGGGGAGCCACCGACCGCACAACAGCAGCUGUGAACCCGGUAGACCGAGCCGCGUUCGAGGAGCAGGCCGCACGAACCCGCGAUCUGGAACGGCAACUGUUGCAGGCGCAGAAUGCCAUGCGUGGGCUGGAACGUCAGUUAGCCGCCUCGCAACAUGCCAAUGGCACCCGCGACAGUCAGCAAGCCCCUGCUACGCCUAACAACCCUGCGAAUGCUCCUGGCGGAGAACCGGCAGCUGCAGUCCACACAGAUCACGGCGGUGUUUCUGCCGGGGUUGCUGCAGCAGAUGACAUCCCCGAUGCAACACUGAACAUGGCGUGCAUGACGAUCAUGGUGGAGCCGAACCGCCCUGCAAUCAUUGACGCAGUUAAUACAGCGUACAAGAGCCAGGCAAUUCUCAAUUUGCGACACCUCACUCGUAUGCAACGCACGUGGGCGCACCAGUAUGCAACCGCAUUGGCAGCUGUACCAGGGAAGCACAACGGCUUCUAUCCACAUCCAGCACCCCCUCCCUCUUUUCCCUAUCCCUCCCCAAUCUCGCCUCUCAACGUUACUCCUUCCCCCUCCCCCUUGCCCCACAUCGCCCCACCACUCGCCCUGCCCUCUCAACCCCUCCCCCACAAGGCUGCGGCAACUAAAGCCGUAGAGAUAAUCGUCUACGAGACCCCGAACGCACAUCUGCAGUUCUGGAUCCCGCGCACGGUGGUCAUCAACGCUCUGGCCAAGGCUCUACGCUACACCGACCCGGCGCAGAUUGAGAAUCUUACCCUCGUGAUGGACAACGAGAGCGACCGGCCGUCACACUUCACCAAGAAAUUUCAGGACAAGCGCAAUAAAAUCCUCACGAUUGGCACAGGCCGCGUCGGAGUGAGAGGCGGGGCCUUCUCGUGCUGGCCUGCGCGCAUCUCACUGCCUCGCAUUGACUCCCCCUCUCUGUCCCCCGCCUUCUCUCCCUCUACAUCUCUCCUUGCGUGCCUACCACCUCAGCAUAGGCACAGGCCGCGUCGGAGCACAGGCCGCGUCGGAGUGAGAGGCGGGGCCUUCUCGUGCUGGCCUGCGCGCAUCUCACUGCCUCGCAUUGACUCCCCCUCUCUGUCCCCCGCCUUCUCUCCCUCUGCAUCUUUCCUUGCGUGCCUCCCACCUCAGCAUAGGCACAGGCCGCGUCGGAGCACAGGCCGCGUCGGAGUGAGAGGCGGGGCCUUCUCGUGCUGGCCUGCGCGCAUCUCACUGCCUCGCAUUGACUCCCCCUCUCUGUCCCCCGCCUUCUCUCCCUCUGCAUCUCUCCUUGCGUGCCUCCCACCUCAGCAUAGGCACAGGCCGCGUCGGAGCACAGGCCGCGUCGGAGUGAGAGGCGGGGCCUUCUCGUGCUGGCCUGCGCGCAUCUCACUGCCUCGCAUUGACUCCCCCUCUCUGUCCCCCGCCUUCUCUCCCUCUGCAUCUCUCCUUGCGUGCCUCCCACCUCAGCAUAGGCACAGGCCGCGUCGGAGCACAGGCCGCGUCGGAGUGAGAGGCGGGGCCUUCUCGUGCUGGCCUGCGCGCAUCUCACUGCCUCGCAUUGACUCCCCCUCUCUGUCCCCCGCCUUCUCUCCCUCUGCAUCUCUCCUUGCGUGCCUACCACCUCAGCAUAGGCACAGGCCGCGUCGGAGCCGCGUCGGAGUGAGAGGCGGGGCCUUCUCGUGCUGGCCUGCGCGCAUCUCACUGCCUCGCAUUGACUCCCCCUCUCUGUCCCCCGCCUUCUCUCCCUCUGCAUCUCUCCUUGCGUGCCUACCACCUCAGCAUAGGCACAGGCCGCGUCGGAGCCGCGUCGGAGUGAGAGGCGGGGCCUUCUCGUGCUGGCCUGCGCGCAUCUCACUGCAUCGCAUUGACUCCCCCUCUCUGUCCCCCGCCUUCUCUCCCUCUGCAUCUCUCCUUGCGUGCCUCCCACCUCAGCAUAGGCACAGGCCGCGUCGGAGCACAGGCCGCGUCGGAGUGAGAGGCGGGGCCUUCUCGUGCUGGCCUGCGCGCAUCUCACUGCCUCGCAUUGACUCCCCCUCUCUGUCCCCCGCCUUCUCUCCCUCUGCAUCUCUCCUUGCGUGCCUCCCACCUCAGCAUAGGCACAGGCCGCGUCGGAGCACAGGCCGCGUCGGAGUGAGAGGCGGGGCCUUCUCGUGCUGGCCUGCGCGCAUCUCACUGCCUCGCAUUGACCCCCCCUCUCUGUCCCCCGCCUUCUCUCCCUCUGCAUCUCUCCUUGCGUGCCUCCCACCUCAGCAUAGGCACAGGCCGCGUCGGAGCACAGGCCGCGUCGGAGUGAGAGGCGGGGCCUUCUCGUGCUGGCCUGCGCGCAUCUCACUGCCUCGCAUUGACUCCCCCUCUCUGUCCCCCGCCUUCUCUCCCUCUGCAUCUCUCCUUGCGUGCCUCCCACCUCAGCAUAGGCACAGGCCGCGUCGGAGCACAGGCCGCGUCGGAGUGAGAGGCGGGGCCUUCUCGUGCUGGCCUGCGCGCAUCUCACUGCCUCGCAUUGACUCCCCCUCUCUGUCCCCCGCCUUCUCUCCCUCUGCAUCUCUCCUUGCGUGCCUACCACCUCAGCAUAGGCACAGGCCGCGUCGGAGCCGCGUCGGAGUGAGAGGCGGGGCCUUCUCGUGCUGGCCUGCGCGCAUCUCACUGCCUCGCAUUGACUCCCCCUCUCUGUCCCCCGCCUUCUCUCCCUCUGCAUCUCUCCUUGCGUGCCUACCACCUCAGCAUAGGCACAGGCCGCGUCGGAGCCGCGUCGGAGUGAGAGGCGGGGCCUUCUCGUGCUGGCCUGCGCGCAUCUCACUGCAUCGCAUUGACUCCCCCUCUCUGUCCCCCGCCUUCUCUCCCUCUGCAUCUCUCCUUGCGUGCCUCCCACCUCAGCAUAGGCACAGGCCGCGUCGGAGCACAGGCCGCGUCGGAGUGAGAGGCGGGGCCUUCUCGUGCUGGCCUGCGCGCAUCUCACUGCCUCGCAUUGACUCCCCCUCUCUGUCCCCCGCCUUCUCUCCCUCUGCAUCUCUCCUUGCGUGCCUCCCACCUCAGCAUAGGCACAGGCCGCGUCGGAGCACAGGCCGCGUCGGAGUGAGAGGCGGGGCCUUCUCGUGCUGGCCUGCGCGCAUCUCACUGCCUCGCAUUGACCCCCCCUCUCUGUCCCCCGCCUUCUCUCCCUCUGCAUCUCUCCUUGCGUGCCUCCCACCUCAGCAUAGGCACAGGCCGCGUCGGAGCCGCGUCGGAGUGAGAGGCGGGGCCUUCUCGUGCUGGCCUGCGCGCAUCUCACUGCAUCGCAUUGACUCCCCCUCUCUGUCCCCCGCCUUCUCUCCCUCUGCAUCUCUCCUUGCGUGCCUACCACCUCAGCAUAGGCACAGGCCGCGUCGGAGCACAGGCCGCGUCGGAGUGAGAGGCGGGGCCUUCUCGUGCUGGCCUGCGCGCAUCUCACUGCCUCGCAUUGACUCCCCCUCUCUGUCCCCCGCCUUCUCUCCCUCUGCAUCUCUCCUUGCGUGCCUACCACCUCAGCAUAGGCACAGGCCGCGUCGGAGCACAGGCCGCGUCGGAGUGAGAGGCGGGGCCUUCUCGUGCUGGCCUGCGCGCAUCUCACUGCCUCGCAUUGACCCCCCCUCUCUGUCCCCCGCCUUCUCUCCCUCUGCAUCUCUCCUUGCGUGCCUACCACCUCAGCAUAGGCACAGGCCGCGUCGGAGCACAGGCCGCGUCGGAGUGAGAGGCGGGGCCUUCUCGUGCUGGCCUGCGCGCAUCUCACUGCCUCGCAUUGACUCCCCCUCUCUGUCCCCCGCCUUCUCUCCCUCUGCAUCUUUCCUUGCGUGCCUCCCACCUCAGCAUAGGCACAGGCCGCGUCGGAGCACAGGCCGCGUCGGAGUGAGAGGCGGGGCCUUCUCGUGCUGGCCUGCGCGCAUCUCACUGCCUCGCAUUGACUCCCCCUCUCUGUCCCCCGCCUUCUCUCCCUCUGCAUCUCUCCUUGCGUGCCUCCCACCUCAGCAUAGGCACAGGCCGCGUCGGAGCACAGGCCGCGUCGGAGUGAGAGGCGGGGCCUUCUCGUGCUGGCCUGCGCGCAUCUCACUGCCUCGCAUUGACUCCCCCUCUCUGUCCCCCGCCUUCUCUCCCUCUGCAUCUCUCCUUGCGUGCCUCCCACCUCAGCAUAGGCACAGGCCGCGUCGGAGCCGCGUCGGAGUGAGAGGCGGGGCCUUCUCGUGCUGGCCUGCGCGCAUCUCACUGCCUCGCAUUGACUCCCCCUCUCUGUCCCCCGCCUUCUCUCCCUCUGCAUCUUUCCUUGCGUGCCUCCCACCUCAGCAUAGGCACAGGCCGCGUCGGAGCACAGGCCGCGUCGGAGUGAGAGGCGGGGCCUUCUCGUGCUGGCCUGCGCGCAUCUCACUGCCUCGCAUUGACUCCCCCUCUCUGUCCCCCGCCUUCUCUCCCUCUGCAUCUCUCCUUGCGUGCCUACCACCUCAGCAUAGGCACAGGCCGCGUCGGAGCACAGGCCGCGUCGGAGUGAGAGGCGGGGCCUUCUCGUGCUGGCCUGCGCGCAUCUCACUGCCUCGCAUUGACCCCCCCUCUCUGUCCCCCGCCUUCUCUCCCUCUGCAUCUCUCCUUGCGUGCCUACCACCUCAGCAUAGGCACAGGCCGCGUCGGAGCCUCGUCGGAGUGAGAGGCGGGGCCUUCUCGUGCUGGCCUGCGCGCAUCUCACUGCCUCGCAUUGACCCCCCCUCUCUGUCCCCCGCCUUCUCUCCCUCUGCAUCUCUCCUUGCGUGCCUCCCACCUCAGCAUAGGCACAGGCCGCGUCGGAGCCGCGUCGGAGUGAGAGGCGGGGCCUUCUCGUGCUGGCCUGCGCGCAUCUCACUGCAUCGCAUUGACUCCCCCUCUCUGUCCCCCGCCUUCUCUCCCUCUGCAUCUCUCCUUGCGUGCCUCCCACCUCAGCAUAGGCACAGGCCGCGUCGGAGCACAGGCCGCGUCGGAGUGAGAGGCGGGGCCUUCUCGUGCUGGCCUGCGCGCAUCUCACUGCCUCGCAUUGACUCCCCCUCUCUGUCCCCCGCCUUCUCUCCCUCUGCAUCUCUCCUUGCGUGCCUCCCACCUCAGCAUAGGCACAGGCCGCGUCGGAGCACAGGCCGCGUCGGAGUGAGAGGCGGGGCCUUCUCGUGCUGGCCUGCGCGCAUCUCACUGCCUCGCAUUGACUCCCCCUCUCUGUCCCCCGCCUUCUCUCCCUCUGCAUCUCUCCUUGCGUGCCUCCCACCUCAGCAUAGGCACAGGCCGCGUCGGAGCACAGGCCGCGUCGGAGUGAGAGGCGGGGCCUUCUCGUGCUGGCCUGCGCGCAUCUCACUGCCUCGCAUUGACUCCCCCUCUCUGUCCCCCGCCUUCUCUCCCUCUGCAUCUCUCCUUGCGUGCCUCCCACCUCAGCAUAGCAUAGGCACAGGCCGCGUCGGAGUGAGAGGCGGGGCCUUCUCGUGCUGGCCUGCGCGCAUCUCACUGCCUCGCAUUGACUCCCCCUCUCUGUCCCCCGCCUUCUCUCCCUCUGCAUCUCUCCUUGCGUGCCUCCCACCUCAGCAUAGGCACAGGCCGCGUCGGAGCCGCGUCGGAGUGAGAGGCGGGGCCUUCUCGUGCUGGCCUGCGCGCAUCUCAUUGCCUCGCAUUGACUCCCCCUCUCUGUCCCCCGCCUUCUCUCCCUCUGCAUCUCUCCUUGCAUGCCUACCACCUCAGCAUAGCAUACGCACCGGCCGCGUCGAAGUGAGAGGCGGGGCCUUCUCGUGCUGGCCUGCGCGCAUCUCACAGCCUCGCAUUGACUCCCCCUCUCUGUCCCCCGCCUUCUCUCCCUCUGCAUCUCUCCUUGCAUGCCUACCACCUCCGCAUAGGCACGGGCCGCGUCGGUGUGAGAGGCGGGGCCUGCGCGCAUCUCACUGGAUCGCAUUGACUCCCCCCCUUCUCUCCCCCGCCUUCUCCCCCUCUGCAUCUCUCCUUGCAUGCCUACCACCACAGCCUACACCCUCCCUUCCCCCUCCCGUCGCCCACGCUUUCUCUGAGUGUCACCCUCGCUUUCCCAUCCCGUCGCUCGCCGUUUUCCCUUCCCUUCACCCUCGCUUUCCCAUCCCCUCGCGACGCCGCUUUCCCUUCCCGUCGCCAGCCUUGAUCGUGCUCGUCGCAUGGCUUCCCAAGACCGUCGCCCACAAUUCCCCUGCCAGGCUCCCUCGCAACCUCCCUUCCAUCCCUUCCCUCCCUCCAUUCUCCUCCUUUUACCCCUCUCCCGCCCCUCUAUUCUACUCCGAUCCAUCCGUUUUCCAUCUCUCCCUCCCUAGGCAUUCCUCCGUUUCCGCCCUCCCCAUUUCCCCACGAUUCGCCCUUUCACCUCCCUCCUUUUCCCCGUGUCCUUCCCUCCGUUUUCCUCCUUGUUUUUCCCUCCCUUUCCCCUUGUCCUUCCAUCCGUUUCCCCCCUUGUUCCUCUCUCCCUAUCCCCGUGUCUUUCCCUCCGUAUCCCUCCUUGUCCUUCGCUCCCUUUCCCCCGUGUCCUUCCCUCCGUUUACCCCCUUGUUCCUACCUCCCUUACCCCCCUGUCCUUCCCUCCGUUUACCCUCCGUGUUCCUACCUCCCUUACCCCCCUGUCCUUCCCUCCGUCUUGGCCCUUGUCCUUCCGUCCCUUUCCCCCUGUCCUUCCCUCCGUCUUGGCCCUUGUCCUUCCGUCCCUUUCCCCCUGUCCUUCCCUCCGUCUUGGCCCUUGUCCUUCCGUCCCUUUCCCCCUGUCCUUCCCUCCGUCAUGGCCCUUGUCCUUCCGUCCCUUUCCCCCUGUCCUUCCCUCCGUCUUGGCCCUUGUCCUUCCGUCCCUUUCCCCCUGUCCUUCCCUCCGUCUUGGCCCUUGUCCUUCCGUCCCUUUCCCCCUGUCCUUCCCCCCGUCUUGGCCCUUGUCCUUCCGUCCCUUUCCCCCUGUCCUUCCCUCCGUCUUGGCCCUUGUCCUUCCGUCCCUUUCCCCCUGUCCUUCCCUCCGUUUACCCUCCGUGUUCCUCUCUCCCUUUCAUCGUGUCCUUCCAUCCUUCUCCCCACUUGUCCCUCCCUCCCUUUCCCAACGGUCCUUCCCUCCGUUUCCCCCCAAGUCCCUCCCUCCCUUUUCCCCAUGUCCUUCCCUCCGUUUCUCCCAUUGUCCCUCCCUCCCUUUCCCCCAUGUCCUUCCAUCCGUGUCGCCCCUUGUCCCUAACUCCCUUUCCCUCAUGUCCUUCCCUCCGUUUCCCUUCUUGUCCCUCCCUCCCUUUCCCCCAUGUCCUUCCCUCCGUUUCUCUUUGA